AUGGGCAACGAGGCGAGCCUGGAAGGGGAAGGGCUCCCCGAAGGGCUGGCGGCCGCGGCCGGAGGAGGGACUGGCGGGGCGGGGAGCCCCUCGCACACCGCGCUCCCGGCCGGCAUGGAGGCGGAUCUGAGCCAGCUGAGCGAAGAGGAGAGGAGACAGAUCGCCGCUGUCAUGUCAAGGGCGCAGGGGCUGCCCAAGGGAAGCGUUCCCUCGGCCACUGCGGAGCCGUCUUCCUCGCACAGGAAACCAGAGUUGGAUAGUAGUCAUCCUCCAAAACAACCUGGAAAACCACCAGACCCUGGGCGUCCAACUCAGCCUGGUCUCAGUAAAAGUAGAACUACAGACACUUUCAGGUCAGAGCAAAAAUUGCCUGGAAGGAGUCCUUCCACUAUUAGCUUGAAAGAAUCGAAGUCUAGAACUGAUUUUAAGGAAGAGCACAAAUCUAGUAUGAUGCCUGGUUUCUUCUCUGAGGUUAACCCUUUAAGCGCUGUCUCUUCUGUUGUAAAUAAAUUCAAUCCUUUUGAUUUGAUAUCAGACUCUGAUGCAUCCCAGGAAGAAACCGCCAAGAAACAAAAAGUGGCUCAGAAGGAACAAGGAAAAUCUGAAGGGAUCACAAAACCCCCAUCACAACAGUCACCCAAGUCAGUUCCUAAGCCGCAAGGACCUGUGAGGGCCGCGCCUCAGCGGGAAGGCUCGCCCAAAUCACUAUCUUCUCAACAACCAGAAAAAACUAAAUCACAACCUCCAGGCACAGGAAAGCCAAUUCAGGGCCUCACCCCGUCUCCUCAGACAGACCAGGCAAAAUUGUCACUUCAAAGGGAUACGGCUAGGCCUCAAAGUAAACAGUCAGACACAGUAAAGGGAGAAUCAAUUAAACCCUCACUACAAAGCCCUUCCAAACCACCUAUUCAGCAAGCAAGUCCUGGAAAAGUUGCAGCUCAGCAGCCUGGACCUGAAAAACUUUCUACACAACAACCUGGGCCUACAAAGCCCCCAGCUCAGCAGCCAGGACCAAUGAAGCCCCUAGCUCAACAGCCAAGUACAGCAAAGCCCCCACCUCAGCAGCUGGCAACCAAGCCCCCAGCCCAACCACCAGGGAUAACAAAGCCUACAGCUCAGCAGCCUGCACCAAAGUCUCCAGCUCAGCCUGUUGGACCUGCAAAACCUCAAGCUCAACAGACUGGGUCAGAGAGACCUCCAUCUCAGCAACCUGGGCCAAACUCUCUAACUCAGCCUGCUGGGCCUGCUAAGGCUUCAGCACAGCAACCUGGGCCAGGAAAGACUCCAGUUCAACAGCCUGCCCCUGUAAAACCCUCAGCUCAACAGACUAGCCCAGCAAAGCCCUCACCUCAACUGCACGGUACAGCAAAACCCUCAGCUCAACAGCCUGCCCCAGCAAAACCCUCAGCUCAACAGCCUGCCCCAGCAAAACCCUCAGCUCAACAGCCUGCCCCAGCAAAACCCUCAGCUCAACAGCCUGCCCCAGCAAAACCCUCAGCUCAACAGCCUGCCCCAGCAAAACCCUCAGCUCAACAGCCUGCCCCAGCAAAACCCUCAGCUCAACAGCCUGCCCCAGCAAAACCCUCAGCUCAACAGCCUGCCCCAGCAAAGCCUUCAGCUCAGCAGCCUGCCCCAGCAAAGCCUUCAGCUAAGCAGCCUGCCCCAGCAAAGCCUUCAGCUCAACAGCCUGCCCCAGGAAAGCCUUCAGCUCAACAGCCUAUCCCAGCAAAGCCUUCAGUUCAGCAAUCUACAAAACCAAUAAGCCAAACCGGAGCUAGGAGAUCUCUGCAGCCCUCAACUUCUCCAUCUGCAGCACAUACUCCAGUACAAGGCCUCCCCAAAACCAUCUGUCCUCUUUGCAAUACCACUGAACUUCUGUUGCAUGUUCCAGAAAAGGCCAACUUUAACACAUGCACAGAGUGUCAAACCACUGUCUGCAGUCUCUGUGGUUUUAAUCCCAAUCCUCAUUUAACUGAGAUAAAAGAGUGGCUCUGUUUAAACUGUCAGAUGCAAAGAGCUCUAGGAGGCGAACUGGCUCCAGUUUCUUUAUCACCUCAGCCUAAACCCAAGACUGUUCCUUUUAGUCCUGCGUCAGCAGCAAGCAAGCCUUCUCCACAGUCGCAGCCAGCGUCUCCAAAAAAGGAUACUGCACCCAAACAGGAUAUCUCAAAGACACCUGAGUCUAAAAAGCCCCCACCAUUAGUGAAACAGCCCACUCUCCACGGUUCUCCCCCAGUCCCAGCCAAGCCAGCCCCUCCCAAAGAGCCUUCUGUCCCAUCUGAGCAGGCCAAGUUCCCCGCGACUGAAGAUAAACCAAAGCAGCCCAAGACGGUAAAGUCAGCUCCAGAGACUGUGCCCUCAUCGUCAGCAGCCACAAAACCUGAUAUUCCAAGCUCCAAAGUACAAACCCAGGAUCAAGAGAAAACAAUCCCUCCUCUAAAAACAGAUGCUGCCAAACCCUCCCAAAGUUUUCCACCAACAGGUGAGAAAGUCACCCCAUUGGAUUCUAAAGUUAUACCUCGACCAGCAUCAGAUUCAAAAAUUAUUUCACACCCUGGGCCCACUUCAGAGAGCAAAGGUCAAAAACAAGGGGACCCAGUUCAAAAGAAGGAGGAGCCUAAGAAAGCACAAACCAAAAUGAGUCCUAAGCCAGAUGCCAAGCCAAUGCCAAAAGGGUCGCCGACACCUUCAGGCCCACGACCAACCACUGGCCAAGCUGCUCCUGUGUCUCCACAGCCCUCAAAGCCUCAGGAACAGCCCAGACGUUUCAGUCUGAACCUGGGAAGUAUUACCGAUGCCCCUAAAUCACAGCCAACAACUCCUCAAGAAUCUGUGACUGGAAAACUUUUUGGGUUUGGCGCAUCAAUCUUCAGUCAGGCAUCAAAUCUAAUCUCCACAGCUGGCCAGCCUGCAUCUCAUUCACAAAGUGUGUCAGGGGCCCCCACCAAACAAGUCCCACCUCCUUCACAGCCACCUAUGUCUCAGGGGCCCCCCAAAUCCAUGGGCACGGGUCAGGCGCCACCGGUACCUGCAAAAGUGACACCUGUGAAAAGGGAAACAAAAGCUCCUGUGGCUGGAAAAUUAGAGUCCAAAGCCGAACAAGCUCCAACAAUAAAAAGAACAGAAAUAGAAAAGAAGCCUCCACCUGUUAAGGAUAGCAAACCUGCACCAGCUGAGCCUCAAAAACCUGUCCUUCCCAAAAUGGAGAAAACCCCCAAACCAGACUCAGCCUGUCCACUCUGCAAAACUGAACUCAACGUGGGUUCAAAGGCUCCUCCUAACUUCAGUACCUGCACGGAAUGCAAGAAGCAAGUGUGUAAUCUCUGUGGAUUUAACCCUACACCACACUUGACUGAGAUUCAAGAAUGGCUUUGUUUAAAUUGCCAAACCCAGAGAGCAAUGUCAGGACAACUUGGAGACAUAGGCAAAAUGCUACCUACACAGUUAGGGCCAAAAGUAUCUCCUGUGCCUGUCCCUUCGGAACAGCCAUCUCAGAAACCAGCAUCUCCUGCCCAAGUGAAAGUGAAGAAGAAGGAGCAAGAAGUAAAAGCUGAAGCUGAAAAAAUCACUCCAGAAAAAGUAAAAGAAUCAACUUCAACUGAAAAAUUUCCUCCCAAGGAACCUACAGAUCAAAAAGAAGAAGAAAGUAUACUAGAGAAAGACAAAACUUUAGGCCCUCAAGUAAAAAAGCCACCCCUUGAAGAUAAAAUGCCACUCCCAGAAGAAGGAAAACCAGCGCCUGAAGACAAAAAGUCACUUCUAGAAGAAAAACAGCCACUCCUUGAAGAAAAAAAGCCAACCCCUAAGGACAAAACAUUACUUCCUGAAGACAAGAAGUCACCCCCUGAACAAAAGGGGGAUCAGAAAGAAGACUUGCUAAAAACUCAGGUACAAACUGUUGAAGAAAAGCCCAAAGAAAAAGUGACUGCAAAGGCAGUGGAAGAAGAGACGCAACCUCCAACCAAGAUGGAAGAUGAACCCCCUCGCCUGCCUCAGAGCUUGCCUAAGGAAGAUGAGACGGCUCAAAAGAUCAAAGAGCAGUCACAGGCAGUGUGCACAGCAAAGCCCGAUCUGGUGGAACCUGGCAGAGAAAAAGCAGAAAAGGAAGAUGACAAAUCAGACACCUCAAGUUCUCAACAGCCGAAAAGUCCGCAAGGUCUGAGUGACACAGGAUAUUCUUCCGAUGGAAUAUCAAGCUCAUUAGGUGAAAUUCCGAGUCUUAUUCCAAGUGAUGAAAAGGAUUUACUCAAGGGACUCAAAAAGGACUCUUUUUCACAAGAAAGCAGUCCUUCAAGCCCCUCAGAUUUGGCUAAGUUAGAAAGUACAGUUCUGUCCAUUUUGGAAGCUCAGGCAAGUACACUUGUUGAUGAAAAGUCAAAAACAAAACCACAAGCCCAUGAGGUUCUUCCUGAGCAGUCUAAGGAACAGCAGAAAACCCAGGAUUUAUCUGAAACACUGAAAACUACAGUUUCAGAAAAGGAACUCAAACAGGGUCAAGAAGAAAAGGACACUUUAAAAAAAGAUAGCCAACAAGAUGUUCCUUCCAAAAAGGAUCAUAAAGAAAAGUCUGAGUGUGUUGAUGACAUAGCUACAAGAAGACAACCUUAUGAUUCAGUUGAAGAGAGUAGUGAAAGUGAAAACUCGCCUGUUCCGCAAAGGAAACGAAGAACCAGUGUUGGUUCAUCAAGCAGUGAUGAGUAUAAACAAGAUAGUCAAGGGUCAGGUGAAGAGGAAGACUUUAUUCGAAAACAGAUCAUAGAAAUGAGUGCUGAUGAGGAUGCUUCAGGUUCUGAAGAUGAUGAGUUCAUCAGGAACCAGCUCAAAGAGAUAAGUAGUAGUAUUGAGAGCCAAAAGAAGGAAGAAACAAAGGGAAAAGGGAAAGUAACACCAGGGAAACACAAGCGCCUGACUCGAAAAAGUAGUGCAAGCUUUGAAGAUGAUGCUGGGAGACGCCAUUCAUGGCAUGAUGAAGAUGACGAGACUUUUGAUGAAAGUCCUGAACUUAAGUACCGAGAAACUAAAAGUCAAGAGAGUGAAGAACUUGUAGUUACUGGAGGAGGUCUACGUCGUUUCAAAACGAUUGAACUCAACAGCACGAUAGCUGACAAAUACUCUGCAGAAUCAUCACAGAAAAAAGCAGUUUUGUAUUUUGAUGAGGAGCCAGAAUUAGAAAUGGAAAGCCUGACAGACUCUCCAGAAGAUAGGUCAAGGGGGGAAGGAUCUUCUAGUCUUCAUGCUUCCAGCUUUACUCCUGGCACAUCCCCUACAUCAGUGUCAUCACUUGAUGAGGACAGUGACAGUAGCCCAAGUCACAAAAAAGGGGAGAGCAAACAGCAACGCAAAGCUCGGCACAGAUCACACGGCCCUCUUUUACCUACUAUUGAAGAUUCUUCUGAGGAAGAGGAAUUGAGAGAGGAAGAAGAAUUAUUAAAGGAGCAAGAAAAGCAACGGGAAUUAGAACAGCAGCAAAGAAAAAGUUCUAGUAAAAAAUCCAAGAAAGACAAAGAUGAACUUCGAGCUCAGAGAAGGAGAGAAAGGCCAAAGACACCACCCAGCAAUCUCUCUCCCAUUGAAGAUGCAUCUCCAACAGAAGAAUUACGUCAGGCUGCAGAAAUGGAGGAGCUCCAUCGAUCUUCUUGUUCUGAAUACUCACCUAGCAUAGAAUCAGACCCAGAGGGUUUUGAAAUAAGCCCUGAAAAAAUAAUAGAAGUGCAGAAAGUUUACAAAUUGCCUACAGCUGUGUCCUUAUACUCACCGACAGAUGAGCAAUCUAUUAUGCAGAGAGAAGGUGCUCCAAAGACAUUAAAAAGUGCUGAGGAGAUGUAUGAAGAAAUGAUGCAUAAAACCCUUAAAUAUAAAGCUUUUCCUGGUGCAAAUGAGCGAGAGGAAAUGUUUGAAAAGGAACCUUUGUAUGGAGGGAUGUUAAUAGAGGAUUAUAUUUAUGAAUCUUUAGUAGAGGACACAUACAAUGGCUCCAUAGAUUCCAGUCUCUUAACAAGACAUGAAGAUGAAAAUGGAUUUAUGCAGCAGAGAGGGAGAGACCAAAAAAUAGGACUUCCAGAACAGAUUUAUGAAGAUCCUAUGCAGAAAAUUACAGACCUCCAGAAAGAGUUUUAUGAGUUAGAAAGUUUACACUCUGUUGUUCCUCAAGAAGACAUUGUUUCAAGCUCUUACAUCAUGCCAGAAAGUCAUGAGAUAGUGGAUCUGGGCAGUAUGGUAACAUCUGCCAGUGAAGAAAAAAAAUUAUUAGAUGCUGAUGCAGCCUAUGAAGAACUCAUGAAGAGGCAACAGAUGCAGUUAACAUCUGGAUCCAGUGCAGCCCAGCCCCACACCAGUGAGGAUAUGACAGAUUCCACUAUGGACUUUGAUAGGAUGCCUGAUGCAUCUAUGACAUCAAGUAUUCUUUCAGGAGCAUCUCUUACAGAUUCAACCAGCAGUGCAACACUCUCUAUCCCAGAUGUUAAAAUAACACAACAUUUUUCAACAGAAGAAAUUGAGGAUGAAUAUUUAACUGAUUAUACAAGAGAAAUUCAAGAGAUAAUUGCCCAUGAAUCGCUAAUUUUGACCUACUCUGAGCCUUCAGAAAGUGCUACUUCUGUCCCUCCCUCUGACACACCUUCUCUCACAUCAUCUGUUUCUUCAGUUUGUACCACAGAUAGCUCCUCACCCAUUACUACCCUGGAUAGCAUAACCACAAUUUAUACAGAGCCAGUGGACAUAGUAACUAAAUUUGAAGAUUCUGAGGAAAUUUCUUCAUCAACAUAUUUUCCAGGAAGCAUUAUAGACUACCCAGAAGAAAUAGGUGUAUCUUUAGAUCAGGAUACCAUGCCAGAUGGUAGAACUAGUGCUGAUCAUAUUGUAAUUUCCUUAUCUGAUGUGACACCUUCUGUCAUGGAAUCUGGAGGAACUAAACCUGAGGGGAUAAUUGCUGACACUAUUUCCACGGACUUAGCUAUAUCUGAAAAAGAUAUAGUGAAGAAAGUCAAGAAGGAAACUGGGAAUGGAAUUAUUCUGGAAGUUUUAGAAGCUUACAGAGAUAAAAGGGAGGAGUCUGAGGAUGAACUAACAAAAACUAGCUUACCUGAUACUGUGUUUGAUCAACCACCUUCUGCAACAGCCCUUCCAGUGAAGGAGCAGGUUUCAGCCACAUGCUUUGUAUCUGGAGAGGUCUUUGGUCACACAAAACUUGCCUCUCAGUUACCAUCUGGAAGUCCUUCUGUUUCCUCUCGUCCAACUAAAACUCGACCAUUCUUUCGAAGCUCCUCUAUGGACAUAUCAGCCCAACCUCCUCCCCCUCCCCCUCCUCCACCUCCCCCUCCCCCUCCUCCUCCUCCUCCUCCUCCCCCCCCACUUCCUCCACCAACCUCACCUAAACCAACUAUUCAUCCUAAAAAAAAGUUAACAGUUACAGCUCCAGUGACUAUAACUACUACAGCUACACCUGUCCUUGAGGCCUUUCCCGCUGUAGAGACCACAGCUAUUCCAAGGAGUAACGGGAUACCUGUAUCAAAAAUAUGUACAGCUGCACCUCCUCCUGUUCCUCCUAAGCCAUCUUCAAUUCCAUCUGGACUUGUAUUUACACAUAGACCUGAGCCAAGCAAACCACCAAUUGCCCCUAAGCCAGUAAUUCCUCAGCUUCCAGUAACGACACAAAAACCAACAGAUACACAUCCCAAACCAAUAGGUCUGCCUUUAACCUCAAAUAUGACAUUAAAUUUGGUGACGUCAACAGAUUAUAAAUUGCCAUCUCCUACCUCCCCACUUUCUCCUCAUUCCAACAAGUCCUCACCAAGAUAUUCCAAAUCCCUCAUGGAAACUUAUGUGGUGAUCACAUUGCCAUCUGAACCUGGAACUCCAACAGAUUCUUCAGCUAGUCAAGCAAUUACCAGCUGGCCCCUGGGCUCACCACCUAAAGAUCUGAUUUCCAUUGAACCAGUUUUUUCUGUAGUUCCUCCUAUGACAGCUGCAGAAAUUUCGGGUUCUUCAGAACAGAGCCUAUACUUCUCGGGAGCUUUGGAGACAUAUUCUGCUAUUCCUGUCACAACACUAUCUUCAUUUCAAACAGCCUCAGCUUCAGUUACACAGUUUCUGACAACUGAAGCUUCCAAGGCUGAGGUUUCAGCAGCCAGAAGUACAGUUCCUUCUGUUGGGCUCAGCAGUGUCUCUAUAGAGAUUCCUCCAGAACAUCUUGCUUUAGGUAACCUCCAUUUAGAGAAACAUGAGUAUAAGGAAAAUGGAAAGUUGCAUCUAGUUGGUGAUGCCAUUGAUUUACGUACAGUACCAAAAGUAGAAGUUGAAGUAACUGAAAAGGGUGUGGAUCUUUCUGCUUCUGCAAUGGAUAUGAAAAGGCAGACCAUAACAAGUGAAAUCUAUGGGAGACAAAUUAGUGCUGUCCAGCCCUCUAUUAUAAAUCUCAGUGCAACUUCUUCAGUGACCACACCAAUAUCCCUGGUCACCGAGACAGUGACUGUUGUCACAUGCACAGCUAGUACUAGUUACACCACAGGCACAGAAAGCUUAGUAGGUAUAGAACAUGCAGUGACUGCACCACUCCAGCUUACUACAUCAAAGCUGACUGAAGUCCCAUACAGGAUUCCAAGUGGCCAGACCUUUCCUACAGUUAGGGAAGAAGUACCAAUAAACUUAUCUUUAGGCAGUUCAGCACCUGCAGUGACAUUGGCUACUACAAAACCUGUCACUGUGCCGCCUGUUGGUGUCACAAAUGGAUGGACUGACAGUACCACAUCCCAGGGGAUUGCUGAUGGGGAAGUAGUGGAUCUCAGUACAACAAAGUCUCAUAGAACUGUUGUAACAAUGGAUGAAUCUACUUCAAGUGUGGUGACCAAAAUAAUAGAAGAUGAUGAAAAACCUGUUGAUCUAACUGCAGGAAGAAGAGCUGUGUGCUGUGAUGUGGUUUAUAAGUUACCUUUUGGAAAGAGCUGCACAGCACAGCAGCCUGCAACUACUCUUCCUGAGGAUCGUUUUGGUUAUAGGGAUGACCACUAUCAAUAUGAUCGAACGGGGCCAUAUGGUUAUAGAGGUAUUGGGGGAAUGAAACCUUCUAUGUCUGACACUAAUUUAGCAGAAGCUGGACAUUUUUUCUAUAAAAGUAAGAAUGCUUUUGAUUAUUCUGGAGGAGCUGAUGCAGCGGUAGAUCUGACUUCAGGGAAAAUUACUACAGGUGAGGUAAUGGAUUACUCAAGCAAGACUACAGGUCCAUAUCCAGAAACACGACACGUCAUUUCAGGAGUUGGGAUUAGUACCCCACAAUAUUCCACAGCAAGAAUGACUCCACCUCCAGGAUCACAGUAUGGCACGGGGAGUGUUUUGAAGACAUCCAAUGGUGUUGUCUAUUCUUCGGUGGCAACUCCAGUCCCCUCCACAUUUGCUAUCACCACACAACCUGGCUCCAUUUUUAGCACCACUGUAAGAGAUUUGUCUGGUGUACACACAACUGAUGCUGUGACUUCGUUAUCUGUCCUGCACCAGAGCCAGCCAAUGCCUAGAUCAUAUUUCCUAACAACAGGUGCAUCUGAAACAGACAUUGCAGUAACUGGUAUUGAUAUCAGUGCCAGCAUGCCAACUAUUACUAUGGAAACUCUUGCUGCUGAGACAGUAGAUUCAAUUCCCACUUUAACCACAGCAUCUGAAGUGUUUUCUGAAGGGGUUGGAGAUGACAGUACUCUCUUAAUUGUCCCUGAAGAUGAUAAACAACAGCAGCAGCUAGACCUGGAGCGUGAGCUCUUAGAACUGGAAAAAAUUAAGCAACAACGUUUUGCUGAGGAAUUGGAGUGGGAACGUCAGGAAAUCCAAAGGUUCCGAGAACAGGAAAAGAUCAUGGUUCAGAAAAAACUGGAGGAGCUGCAGUCUAUGAAGCAGCACCUCCUCUACCAGCAAGAAGAAGAAAGGCAAGCCCAGUUCAUGAUGAGGCAGGAGACAUUAGCUCAGCAACAGUUACAGCUGGAGCAGAUCCAACAACUCCAGCAACAGCUUCAUCAGCAGCUAGAGGAGCAAAAGAUUCGCCAGAUCUACCAAUAUAAUUAUGACCCUUCUGGAACUGCUUCUCCACAGACCACUACAGAGCAGGCAAUUUUGGAAGGUCAAUAUGCAGCCUCAGAGGGUGGUCAGUUUUGGGCAGCUGAAGAUGCAACCACCACUGCUUCAGCUGUUGUGGCAAUUGAAAUACCACAAAGCCAAGGAUGGUACACAGUUCAGUCUGAUGGUGUCACUCAGUAUAUUGCCCCACCUGGCAUCCUGAGUACUGUUUCAGAAAUACCUCUAACAGAUGUUGUGGUAAAAGAUGAAAAACAACCCAAAAAGAGAAGUUCUGGAGCUAAAGUUCAUGGACAGUAUGAAGAGAUGGGGGAAAAUAUGGCAGAUGAUCCCCGUGGUUUUAAAAAGAUCGUGGACAGUGGUGUACAAACUGAUGAUGAAGAUGCAGCAGAUCGGACUUAUGUGAGUAGGAGAAGGAGAACGAAAAAGAGUGUUGAUACAAGUGUCCAAACUGAUGAUGAAGAUCAGGAUGAAUGGGAUAUGCCUACUAGAUCAAGAAGAAAGGCUCGUGUAGGGAAAUAUGGUGACGGCACUACAGAGGCUGACAAGACCAAACCCCUUUCCAAAGUCUCCAGUAUAGCAGUUCAAACAGUAGCAGAGAUAUCUGUGCAAACCGAACCCGUUGGAACCAUAAGAACACCUUCGAUUCGGGCACGCGUGGAUGCCAAGGUAGAAAUAAUUAAACACAUUUCAGCACCUGAAAAGACCUACAAAGGGGGGAGUUUAGGCUGUCAAACAGAAGCAGAUUCAGACACACAAAGUCCUCAAUAUCUGAGUGCCACAUCUUCACCCAAAGACAAGAAACGCCCAACACCUUUAGAGAUUGGUUAUUCAUCUCACCUUCGGGCAGAUUCCACACUACAGCUGGCUCCUUCCCCACCCAAAUCUCCAAAAGUCCUUUAUUCACCCAUCUCACCACUUUCACCAGGCAAAGCCUUAGAAUCAGCCUUUGUACCUUAUGAAAAGCCCCUCCCUGAUGACAUAAGUCCACAGAAAGCAUUGCAUCCAGAUAUGGCUAAAGCUCCCCCAGCAAGUCCUAAGACAGCCAAGAUGAUGCAGCGUUCUAUGUCUGACCCCAAGCCUCUGAGUCCAACAGCAGACGAAAGUUCCAGGGCUCCUUUCCAAUAUACCGAGGGCUACACGACGAAAGGUUCUCAAACCAUGACACCAUCUGGCACCCAGAAAAAAGUUAAAAGAACUCUGCCAAACCCCCCUCCCGAGGAGACCUCCACAGGAACUCAGUCUACUUACAGCACACUGGGCACAGUUUCCAGGAGAAGGAUCUGCAGAACAAACACGAUGGCACGAGCCAAGAUUCUCCAGGAUAUAGACAGAGAGCUUGAUCUUGUGGAGAGGGAAUCUGCAAAACUUAGAAAGAAACAAGCUGAACUUGAUGAGGAAGAAAAGGAAAUUGAUGCCAAGUUACGGUACCUGGAAAUGGGAAUUAACAGGAGAAAAGAGGCAUUAUUAAAGGAGAGAGAAAAGAGAGAGCGAGCCUAUCUCCAGGGAGUAGCUGAGGAUCGGGAUUAUAUGUCUGACAGUGAGGUGAGCAGCACCAGGCCCACCCGAAUAGAAAGUCAGCAUGGCAUAGAGAGACCAAGGACUGCUCCUCAGACUGAAUUUAGCCAGUUCAUACCGCCACAAACCCAAACAGAAUCUCAGCUAGUUCCUCCUACAAGUCCUUAUACGCAAUACCAAUAUACUUCCCCUGCACUUCCCACUCAAGCACCUACCCCAUACACUCAACAGUCCCAUUUUCAGCAACAAACUUUAUACCAUCAGCAAGUUUCACCUUAUCAGACUCAGCCAACAUUCCAAGCUGUGGCAACAAUGUCCUUUACACCUCAAGCUCAACCUACACCAACUCCACAACCUUCUUAUCAGUUACCAUCUCAGAUGAUGGUGAUACAACAAAAGCCACGGCAAACUACACUGUAUUUGGAGCCCAAGAUAACUUCCAACUAUGAGGUUAUUCGCAACCAACCUCUGAUGAUAGCACCUGUUUCCACUGACAACACAUAUGCUGUUUCCCACCUUGGUAGUAAGUACAACAGCUUAGACUUGAGAAUCGGAUUGGAGGAAAGAAGUAGCAUGGCAAGCAGUCCAAUAUCAAGCAUAUCUGCAGAUUCUUUCUAUGCAGAUAUUGACCACCAUACGUCUCGAAAUUAUGUCUUAAUUGAUGACAUUGGAGAGAUUACCAAAGGAACAGCAGCAUUAGGCACUGCAUUCACUCUUCAUGAAAAGGAUAUAUCAAAAACAGACCGUCUCCUUCGAACCACUGAGACACGAAGGUCUCAAGAAGUGACAGAUUUCCUAGCACCUUUACAGACCUCCUCCAGAUUGCAUAGUUAUGUGAAAGCAGAGGAAGACCCAAUGGAGGAUCCUUAUGAGUUAAAGCUUCUGAAACAUCAGAUUAAACAAGAAUUCCGUAGAGGAGCAGAGAGCUUAGAUCACCUUGCUGGUCUUUCCCACUACUACCAUGCUGAUACUGGCUAUAGACAUUUCCCCAAAUCUGAAAAGUAUAGCAUUAGUAGACUCACACUUGAAAAACAAGCAGCAAAGCAACUACCAGCAGCUAUACUUUAUCAAAAGCAGUCAAAGCAUAAGAAGUCAUUAAUUGACCCUAAAAUGUCAAAAUUCUCACCUAUUCAAGAAAGUAGAGACCUUGAACCUGAUUAUUCAAGCUAUAUGACUUCUAGCACUUCAUCUAUUGGUGGCAUUUCUUCCAGAGCAAGGCUUCUUCAAGAUGAUAUAACUUUUGGCCUCAGAAAAAAUAUUACAGACCAACAAAAAUUUAUGGGGUCAUCUCUUGGCUCAGGACUAGGUACAUUAGGAAAUACCCUACGGUCUGCUCUGCAGGAUGAAGCAGAUAAGCCAUACAGUAGUGGUAGCAGGUCUAGACCUUCUUCUAGACCUUCCUCUGUCUACGGGCUUGAUUUAUCAAUUAAAAGAGAUUCUUCCAGCUCUUCCCUAAGACUGAAAGCUCAAGAAGCUGAAGCGCUAGAUGUUUCCUUUAGUCAUGCAUCAUCCUCUGGCAGAACUAAACCUACCAGUUUGCCAAUUAGCCAGAGUAGAGGAAGGAUACCAAUUGUGGCCCAGAAUUCUGAAGAAGAAAGUCCACUCAGUCCUGUAGGCCAGCCAAUGGGAAUGGCUAGGGCUGCAGCUGGACCCCUGCCACCAAUAUCUGCAGACACCAGGGAUCAGUUUGGAUCAAGUCACUCAUUGCCUGAAGUUCAACAACAUAUGAGAGAAGAAUCACGGACUCGAGGCUAUGAUCGUGACAUAGCAUUCAUCAUGGAUGACUUCCAGCAUGCUAUGUCAGACAGCGAAGCCUAUCACCUGCGUCGUGAAGAAACUGACUGGUUUGACAAACCCAGAGAGUCUCGUUUGGAAAAUGGACAUGGUCUAGACCGAAAAUUGCCAGAACGAUUGGUCCACUCUAGACCUCUUAGUCAACAUCAAGAGCAAAUAAUACAGAUGAACGGGAAGACUAUACACUACAUCUUUCCUCACGCAAGAAUAAAAAUAGUAAGGGACUCUAAGGAUCACACAGUUUCAGGUAAUGGAUUAGGAAUUAGAAUUGUGGGUGGUAAAGAUCCUGGACAUGGUGGAGAAAUUGGAGCCUAUAUUGCCAAGAUUCUUCCUGGGGGAAGUGCAGAACAGACAGGGAAACUUAUGGAAGGGAUGCAAGUAUUGGAAUGGAAUGGAGUUCCUUUAACUUCUAAAACAUAUGAAGAAGUGCAGAGUAUCAUUAGUCAGCAAAGUGGGGAAGCAGAAAUAUGUGUAAGACUGGACCUCAACAUGCUAUCAGAUUCUGAAAAUCCACAGCAUCUGGAACUUCAUGAACCACCAAAAGCUGUGGAUAAAGCAAAAUCCCCAGGGGUGGAUCCAAAGCAGUUGGCAGCAGAGCUCCAGAAGGUUUCUCUCCAGCAGUCGCCACUGGUUCUGUCAUCAGUGGUUGAAAAAGGAUCUCACGUUCAUUCAGGUCCUACUUCAGCAGGAUCCAGUUCUGUUCCCAGCCCCGGGCAACCUGGGUCACCCUCCGUGAGCAAAAAGAAGCAUGGCAGCGGCAAGUCUACUGAUGCAACAAAGAUUGUCUCUCAUCCAAUUACGGGAGAAAUUCAGCUUCAAAUCAACUAUGAUCUUGGAAAUCUCAUAAUACACAUUCUCCAAGCAAGAAACCUUGUCCCUCGAGACAACAAUGGUUAUUCUGACCCUUUUGUUAAAGUAUACCUUCUUCCUGGGCGAGGUGCUGAGUACAAGAGAAGAACUAAGUAUGUUCAGAAAAGCCUUAACCCCGAGUGGAAUCAAACAGUAAUUUAUAAAAGUAUCUCCAUGGAACAGCUCAAGAAGAAAACACUGGAGGUGACAGUCUGGGAUUAUGAUAGAUUUUCUUCUAAUGACUUCCUUGGUGAGGUAUUGAUUGAUUUAUCUAGCACAUCUCACCUCGAUAACACUCCUAGGUGGUAUCCUCUCAAAGAACAGACUGAAAGCAUUGAUCAUGGGAAGUCACAUUCCAGUCAGAGCAGCCAACAGUCCCCAAAGCCAUCCGUCAUCAAAAGCAGAAGCCAUGGUAUCUUCCCUGACCCAUCCAAGGACAUGCAGGUUCCCACCAUUGAGAAAUCCCACAGCAGUCCCGGGAGCUCGAAAUCCUCCUCUGAAGGCCACCUCCGCUCUCAUGGACCGUCUCGCAGUCAAAGCAAAACCAGCGUCACUCAGACCCACUUGGAAGAUGCAGGGGCUGCAAUCGCAGCUGCAGAAGCCGCCGUGCAACAGCUCCGCCUGCAACCAACAAAGCCCACCAAUCACCGGCCUGCAGAAAGCUCCGUGUCCACAGGCUCCUCUGGUAGCAGCUUUGGCAGUGGGUAUAGCGUGGACAGUGAAGGAAGCAGCAGCACUGCAGGGGAGACUAAUCUAUUUCCUAUUCCAAGGAUAGGGAAGAUGGGGCAGAAUGGGCAAGAUCCUGUAAAACAGCCUGGAGUAGGAGCAGGACUAGCAGACUCUGAAGUUAAAACUCAGGUAAUGGGAGAAAUCAAGAUUGCAUUAAAGAAGGAGAUGAAGACAGAUGGUGAACAACUCAUAGUUGAAAUUCUCCAAUGCAGAAAUAUCACCUACAAAUUUAAAUCUCCUGAUCACCUACCAGAUUUAUAUGUAAAAAUAUAUGUGAUGAACAUCUCUAGCCAAAAAAAAGUGAUCAAGAAAAAAACAAGAGUAUGUAGACAUGAUCGAGAACCUUCUUUCAAUGAAACUUUUAGAUUCAGCCUAAGUCCUGCUGGACAUUCUCUUCAGAUUUUACUUUUCUCCAAUGGAGGAAAGUUUAUGAAAAAGACCUUGAUUGGUGAGGCUUGUAUCUGGCUUGACAAAGUGGAUCUGAGAAAAAGAAUAGUCAACUGGCACAAACUUUUGGUCAGUCCUACUCAAACGCACUGAAGGAAAGUAUCUGCUGAGGAUGUAAAAGCUGCUCUAGAUAGUCUGAUAUCAAGACUAUAGGUGGAUCCUAUUAAUACUAAGCUAUAUUUUAAAGAUAAGCAUGAGAGGAGGAGCAAGCAGGAAAAACAUACUUAAAACCUUUAAAUGUAUUGUCAUGAAACAGAAAAAUUGUUAAAUGCUGAAGUUCAUAUUGAAGACAAAGAGAAAAGGAGUUCUGAGAACUAGGAUUUCUUGUGGUUGUUGAGGAAAAAAAAGGAGAAAAAAACUUGCAAUUUCUUAUAAUGUAAAAUUUUUGAGCAGAGUUGAACUGUAGCUAAAGGCAGAAGCUCAAAGAUUAAUUGGGUGUCCAAUGCAAAGGUAGUACUCUAUGCAAAAUAACCUUGGUUGAAAGUACUAAUGUAACAGAUCUCAAUGUUCAAAUGUCCAAAAAUCUUUCAUCUUCAUCUUAUCUGCUCAAACAAUUUACUGUGUUGAGAUUCUGACAUAGGGUAGACCUACAAUAUGUGUACAGGACUGAAAGUAAGAUGACUGUGUUUAUAGAAAAAAAGGGAAGAGGAGAGGUACAAAUUAUGAUUUUUAGACCAUAAUAUUCAGGUGUUCAAGUGUUGCAAGAUAAACAAUACCAAUUUUGGAAUCCACAUUGUAAAAGCACAUUUGUAUAAUUUGAAAUAGUAUAGAGUGAGAUAAUACUAAGUAGAAAAGAGAAUUUCUUUUAUCUAGAAAUAAAGCCAUUAUUGGUUAACAAAGAAGACUGUUGCCCCAUAAACUAUCAAAAACUCCAUAACUUACCUUUAAGUCAAGACAUUUUCAUACCAAAGUAUUUAAAUUGGUAUGUUCUAGUAAGCAUGAUAACUUGUUCUUCAUGAAAUUUCAAAUAAAUGUAUUAUCCCAAGUAAAUGUAUUUCCUUUCUCUUGAAUAAUGUAUGGAGAGAAGGAAAACUCUUCCUCUGGCAAACUAAUCAUCUUAAUCUUGUGACACUGAUUAAUUAAAUUGAUAUAAUUUCCUGAUCUUCCAUAAUGUUUUUCCCCUUAAUACAUUAACUGUAUAAUGAAAACUUCAAUGCCAAACUCAAAUUCUCUCUGGUGUUACAUUUUCCCCUCUUUAGUGACAAUAUCACAGUGAUUAAGUUCAUCAAUGUUGGGAAAAUAUGUGAAAAGUAAACAUUAUGUUGAAGUUAAAAUAUACUUUAAACUAUUUUAAUAAUAUAAAAUAAUAGGACCAAUGUCUACAUCUUUCAAUAAAGUAUCUUCUCCAUCAACCAACAUUAACAAGCAAAGUGACAUGGAGUUGUAAGAAACACACCCAGCUGGGAUUUAAAAAUCUGGUUUCUGGUCUUGAUUUUGUCUCUGACCAUCACUUUGCAUGUGUCACCUAUGCUCAAUUUCCCCCAGUUUUCUUUUCUCGUAGGAUAAAAAUGGUUACAUAUACCUAGCCUUCUAAUGAGAUGCUGGGAUGAUCAAGCUGUUACUAUGAAAGACAAUGAAAGCACAUUUUCAAAUAUAGUCUCGUGUACCUAAGCAAGGAAUAAUUAUUAUGCAGCUUUUUAUUUCUCAAAUUUUAUAUGUGAAAAAGCAUCCUCUACAGCAAUAGCAAGAACUGACAAGAAUAAAGCAGUAUAUUAGUUCCCAAACUAAUUUUUUCCUUAAAAUAAACUUUCAUUUAGCCUGGGAAAAAAGUGAAGAACUGAUGAAAAUUAUAUUUAAAUUGGGUUAUCAAAAGU